AUCCGGCGGCGGGAGAUCCCAGAAGCCUCGUUGCUGCAGUGAAAAAGCGCUGCUGUGACUUUGAGGCCGUGUUCACAUGUUGGAAUCUGAAGCUUGUCUGUCUGCAGGCUUACAGAUAAUAUCUGAUCGGUCUGUUAAAGUCAUCAGAGCUGUCUGUGCAGCACAGACAAGAUGUUGCGAAGCGCCUCAGCACAGUUAUUCAGACAGGUGGUGAGAUACAGGAGCACAGACGCCACCCUCGUCCUGGAGAGAUCGAUAAACCGUGUGCAGCUGUUGGGCCGAGUGGGUCAGGACCCGGUGAUGAGACAAGUGGAGGGUCGUAACCCCGUUACCAUCUUCUCGCUAGCGACCAAUGAAAUGUGGCGGUCUGGAGACGGGGAGACAAACUCACCAGGUGACAUCAGUCAGAAGACGACAUGGCAUCGUGUGUCGGUGUUCAAACCUGGUCUGAGAGACGUGGCCUACCAGUACGUCAAGAAAGGGUCGAGGAUUCUAGUUGAGGGGAAACUGGACUAUGGGGAAUAUGUGGACAAGAACCAAGUCAGACGUCAAGCCACCACCAUCAUCGCAGACAACAUCGUCUUCCUGAGCGACAACGUCCGAGAAAAGUUCUGAAGCACCCUCCUCUACGUCUCCACCCACCAAGACAACUUUUUGUAUUCUCCUGUUGGUAUAAAACUAAAACUGAGGACCUGAAUGCCACCAAAUAGAGGAAGUGACUUUCCCAAAGAAAAGGAGCGGUGACAGAAUACGCUGUAACGCUGGUCACGUGGUGCCUCCUGUAGACCUUGAGGCAUCAGGAGAAGCAGAAGGAGCCCAUGUGUAGUAUAAAUACACUCAGUGAUUAUGAUUGUGCUACUUGUACAUAAACAUUACAAAGACACAGUUUGAGCCCUUUUGUGUUUACUCAAGUUUUAAGAAGUGGAAAUACAGUGAGAGAGACUUCACAGUUGGAGGAGUCAGUACAAGAUGUUGUAGAAGGUGUAGCUCUGUUAAGAGCAGCUCUUAUUCCUGCUGAGGAUCAGUAACAAGUUAUUGUUGUCUUCUUUGUCUCAGUUGAGACUCUUUACUUUUUCUUCACAUACUUUUUUUAAGAAGCAUAGAAAUACAAAAAAACAGUGGAACAAUUGGAAAUAUGUCGCAUAGACUCUCUAAACUCAGUAAAUCACAAGUUGUUUCUUGUGAGAACUUUUCAAAGCCCCCUAUUACAUGUAUGUGUUGGGGACUAUUUGCAGCUGCAGAUAAAUCAUGGGAUUUGUCACCAAUAAUGAACACACAGAUCACCAACAGAUUUAUCCCUCAAACAAAUUAAAGUAUUUGUUCCGUCUUGUA